AUGGAGAUGCCAGCACCUGAACAUGAUGAUACUUUUGACUUCCUGUUUAAGUUAAUCCUUAUUGGAGACUCAAACGUGGGGAAGACCUGCGUGAUUCAGAAUUUCAAGUCUGGGAUUUUCUCAGAGAAACAGCAGAACACCAUCGGAGUAGAUUUCACUGUACGGACACUGAACAUUGAGGGGAAGAAGGUGAAGAUGCAAGUAUGGGACACAGCAGGUCAGGAAAGAUUUCGUACGAUCACCCAGAGCUACUACCGCAGCGCUCACGGCGCGGUGAUUGCCUAUGACAUCACACGGCGUUCAACUUUUGACUCAGUGAAGCACUGGAUAAAAGAGGUGGAGCUAUAUGGUGCAGCCAAUGUGGUUCUCGUCCUCAUAGGUAAUAAAUGUGACCUGGAGCAGGAACGAGAGGUUCAGUUUCAAGAAGCCUGCAAUCUGGCAAAACAAAAAGGCAUUUUGGCUGCUCUAGAAACAUCUGCAAAGGAUAGUCAGAAUGUGGACGAAGCCUUCAUGCUGAUGGCCAGAGAGCUGCUGUCUCGUAACGGCCUUAACGUGCAGCCCGAAGACUUCGAGAGCAAGGACACGCCUCGAGUUCUGCUGCGAGCCAACUCUCGGCCAAUCAACGGCACCAUAAGUGCCAACACACACACACCAGAAAAAAAAUCGUGUUGCUGA